CGCUUAACUUUGAGCAUUUGCCAGUGGGAAUAAUGCACUUCAGCUUGAUAUAUCUCGCACUUGUUGCUCAGCUGGUAGCAGCUUUUCAAUUGCCUUCUGAAGUAGAAAAGUGCCGCUACCAGGAUAAUAUAUGUCUCUUGCGGAGCAGCAACUUGGUGAUCCGACGGUAUGGAAAAACAGGACUACCGGAAAUCAAUUUGGAACCACAGGACGCUAUUAAAGUUCCACCCUACACACUUCAGCGUGGGAAUCGCGAUCUUCAUUUCUGGCACGACUGGAACGUGAGUGACCAAUGGGUCUACGGAUUUGAGAACACCACCUUGACCAAGAUCCAAGGAUUCGACCGAGACCCUAGGCGUUCGCAGGUGGAGAUACAUGGUCGUGUUCCCAGCGUGAGCUCUACGCUGCGAUUUCAAUUUUUAUCGCAAUUUCUCACCUUAAAAGUAAACACGACUGGUCGAGCAAAGUCAGAUUUUCAGAACUUUCGGUUUAUUCUUAAAUUCUCCCUCACUGCUGACGACAAAGGAUAUGCAAAGAUCUACAAACUUACCCUUAAUUUGGAUUUGGAUCGCUGGAUUCAGGAGUUGGAAGACCUAUUUGUGGGCAAUACAGAUCUUACCGUGAUCGCUAACGAAUGGAUGAACCGGAACUGGAGAGAGUAUUGGGUGGAUAUUGAACCGGAAAUAACGGAAAUCGUUCGUCUAUUAAUACUUGAAAAAUUUGAUAAAAUUUUUGCUGCGGUGCCCUAUAAAGAUAUGUUUCUUCAGGUUUAAAUAAAAGUGAUUACGUUCACUUUAUUGCUGUGCUCUAAA